AUGUUCUUCAGAUCUUUUACCUCUCUUAUAAGGAUUCGCCCCUAUUUGACAAAGGAGACUGUGUCGGUUAGAUCGUUCUCUUCGUGUUGCAAUGCAUUGUCAAACAGUCAGGGCAAUAAGCCAAGCAAGCCUGUGAAACCUGCAGACUCCCGAAAGACAUAUUUGAUGGAAAUUUACCAGCAUUUCUGGGAAACCAAUGAAAUUGUACUUUUUGCUCAUCAUAACAAUCUUCUCUCAUCUGAUAACGAGCAAAUCAGGAAAGAGCUCCAUAAGAUCAGUAAGGAUAUCCAGUUCCGUAAACUAAAGUCCUCUAUCUUUAGGCAUUAUUUAAGGGCUUCGAACCAUGAGGAUCCAAUUUCUAAAGCCGCCAUGAGGCAGGUCAAAAGAAAGAAGACGAGACAUCCUUUGGAGCCUUUGUUGAAGGGACCUACUGCUCUCAUAAUGAUUAAGGAUUUAGAUCCAAAGGCUGUUAAAGAAGUGUGGAGAGUGCUGAAAGCCCAGAAGGAGAAGUUAUUUCUAAUGGGGGGUAAAGUGGGCCAGCGAUACGUUGAUUUGGACAAAAUUGGAGAGUUCAAAGAUCUUCCAUCACUUCCCGAACUUCGUUCUCAGUUGGUCGGUUUGCUUUCCAUGAGUUCUGGUGCUGGUAUCGUGAGAGCUUUAGAAUCUGCUCCUACAAAUUUGGCAAUGACGCUUGAAUCUAGAAAAAACGAAAUGGAGAAAAAAGAAGCCGAUGUUAAAACUGACGAAAUACCUGAAUAG